AUGGAACCACUUUGUGAGGAGGAUUCGUCGAGUGUCGACGAUUCGGAUAACGAUUCACAAACGGCACUAAACGAAAGCAAUCGUUUAAAUGGCGAUGAGCAUGAGGAUUUGGAAAUGGGAAUGACUUUGCGCGGAAUCCACAAAGACACAUCACCUUAUUGUAAACGAAGGGGAAAUCGUAGGAAAACUGACUCGCGACGGCAACAGAAAGAACAACAAAAGAAGCAAAGGGACCGCGCGGCGAGCAUGUUCUCGGUCUCCUCCGACAUCCUGAAAGUCCAAGGCUACUCCUCACAAUUUCGCUCUCUUCUAUCGGCAAGAUUAUCUUCUAGACGAGACUCUGUUCCAAACGUUCACAUCCAAGGCACAACACCAACACCGGAGACAAAAAGUGGGUUUCGAUUUCAAGUUUUCAAGUUUUCA